AUGAGCUUCGCCAAUGUCAAGGGUAUUCCGGCGGUCCAUGCCCGAGCGAUGGGACCCACGAAAAUCUCGCAGAUCCCAAGUAAACCAAACGGCGCCGUGGGAGUGCCGACCCGUAUUGGAGGUGGAGUGGACAUUCUCAAACGAUCAGCCGCUUGGAAUAACGGAAGUGUCGUAACCAUGAGCGGAUUCCGAGGAAUGUCGGGUGGACCGCUGGGCAGCAGCAAUUCUGCGACGCGAAGUCUUCCCAUGGACCAUCAUGCCUCGUCAUCGAAUUCGAAUUCGCCGCCGACUUUGCCGCCGGUUAUGCCCCUGAUUCAUGAAAACGAAGCCGUGGUCGCUCUGGACCCUCAGCAGAUGCCUCUCUUGGAAUUCCAGCAACAGUUAAUGGCCAUGAGGCAAGAACAGCAGAUGGAGCAGCAGAUGCUCCUACAAAGCUACCAGCAGAGACAGAGACAGCUGGCCGAAGCUCAUGAGCGUCAAUUGCGGGAACGGGUCAGAGUAACAUCAUAUUUUCAAGUCUAUAUGGAGAGUCAGCAGCAGCUCGAACAGGAACAGAAAGAGGCCCAACAGAAAUGUCGAGCAGAACUCGAACGCCAAACCGAAAAAGAUAAGAAGGAUUCAAACACUCCUAUGGCUUCAGGGAUGAAGAAGGAUUCGUCUCAGAUUCCGAGUCAGAAAACGAAUCAUGCCCCGCCGCUGCAAAGAACGAGCAGCGGGAGCAUUUCGCAAGAAGUCAAGCAGAAACUUCAGGAAUUCGUUUUGAAAAAACAGCGUGACGCCGCUCAAAACGGCGGUGUCAGGCAGGCCUGGGCGCAGAGGCAGCAAAUGUCCUUGGAUCAAUCCUCGCCUCCGCCUCUGAAUGGUCGACUCGGCAUUGGGACCGUGCCCGGGAAGAGUGAUUUCCCUCUGCGAAAAACAGCGUCCGAGCCCAACCUCAAAGUGCGUUCCGUUCUCAAGCAAAAAGUUAUGAAUCGAAGCUCGCCGCUGCUCCCCAGGAGACGAGGCGAAAAACUUAUCCGCCGGAGGACACCUUUGUCUCUGGAUAGCCAGAGCCACGUUUCCAGCGAUGGCUCACCACCGAGCGCAGCGUCUACUUCUCUGCAGUCCUCGCUCGGCUCUUCGAACGGUACUCCGAUCUCGGAAGAUGUCGCGAUGGCAUCUGCGCUCUACCAAGCGGCGUGUCCUCCUCCUGCCGGAAGUCAGAUUCUCGAACACGGUCUCUAUUCUUCUCCUUCGAUGCCGAACAUUUCACUAGGCCGGCCGAACGCCGCUCAGCCGCCUACAAUUAUUGACGGAAAAAUGUUCAGCUCGAUGUCCGAGGCUCAACUCCGCGCCAUGGCUGCCGCCAGAUUCGGGCUGCCUCUCGUCUCCCACCACCAUGUCCUCCAACCGAUUUCAGGAUUUUGUUCACAACUGCCUGUGAUAGACGGAGACGUGACCCCGCCGACGAGUCCGGUGUUUGUCCAGGGCCAGAUGCGGAGUCUGGAGCAACAGGGCGGAGCUGCGAGAGUUCCGUCAACUUCGUUCGAUGCUAGUCAGGCCAGAUUGCAAAGAUCGAUACUCCGUCCGCUUGGGCGCACUCAGUCCGCUCCUCUGCCGCUUGGACAUCCGUUGCUCCAAACGGCUGCAGGCAUGACCCUGCAACAGCAACAGCAACAUCAUCAGCUAAUCAAGCAACACAUCCGACAAACGGUCCUCACUCGCGCAGGAAGCAAGACCAAUGUGUUGGGUCUUGUCCCCGAACAAAGUUCCGUCGUGGAAGAAGCCGAAGAGAUGAACCAGGACGACGACGAACCUGUCGAAGCCCCGAGAGCUUCGAUGCCGAACAAUGAAGGCGAAGAAAUGCGAACCGGAGACAUCGCCAGUGAGCAGAAGCAACAGCCUUCGGUGAUUCAGCGGCAAAGAUUGUGUAGCGAGUCCAGUAGUAGACAGCAGCUUCGUCGACUCUCGAGGACGCUGAGUUCGCCUCUAGUCUCGUUGGAAAGAAGUUCCACCAACCAGAGUUCAACACAAGACAACCAACAAUGUUUGCCUGUAAUGAGCAACCCUCAAGCCACAGCGCUGGUGUACGACAGUGUGAUGCUCAAACACCAGUGUUUGUGCGGGAAUUUCGCACAGCACCCCGAGCACGCGGGCCGAUUGCAAAGCGUCUGGGCGCGACUCCAGGAAACGGGACUCGUUCAGCGUUGCCUACGCCCACGCUCCCGUAAAGCAUCGUUAGACGAGCUGCAAUUGGCACAUUCUGAGGCUUACACUCUGCUCCUCGGUGCGAACCCGCUGAAUCGUCACAAGCUGGAGUUCCAGAAGCUAGACCUUCCAUUCAAGAGCUUCCUGAUGCUUUCAUGCGGGGGAAUCGGUGUAGAUUCAGACACCACGUGGAACGAACUUCACACGGCAAGCGCUGCGAGAAUGGCAGCCGGCUGUGUCAUCGAACUUGCCUGCAAAGUUGCCGCAGGGGACGUCAAGAAUGGAUUCGCUGUAGUCCGUCCUCCGGGGCAUCACGCAGAACAUCAGCAGGCCAUGGGUUUUUGCUUCUUCAACUCACUGGCGGUGGCCGCCAAGAAAGUUCAACAACGAUUCAAUUUCGAGAGGAUUCUCAUCGUCGAUUGGGAUGUCCAUCACGGCAAUGGAAUCCAACAAAUAUUUUACCGCGAUCCGCACGUGCUCUACAUUUCGCUCCAUCGACACGAUGACGGAAAUUUCUUCCCCGGGACGGGGGAUCCCCACGAGGUGGGAGAGGACGAUGGACGAGGCUUCAAUGUGAACAUUGCCUGGAGCGGGGGUUUGAACCCUCCGAUGGGGGACGCCGAGUACCUGGCCGCGUUCCGUACCAUAGUUAUGCCUAUUGCCAAAGAAUACCAACCCCAACUGGUCAUGGUCGCAUGUGGUUUCGACGCAGCCAAAGGACACGCAGCUCCUCUGGGUGGAUACGACGUCAGUCCAGCCUGUUUCGGUCUGAUGACUCGUCAACUGAUGACGAUCUGCCAAGGCAAACUCGUGCUCGCUCUCGAAGGAGGUUACGACUUGCCAUCCGUGUGCGACUGUUCAGAAGCCGUGACGAGAGCUCUCUUAGGAGAAGAAGCGUGCUCGAAGGUGGCCGAGUCAGAGCUGGCGAGGAAACCGACGGCAACGGCGAUCGAAAACUUGAAGCGAGUCGCCGUCAUCCAAGCACCGUAUUGGCCGUGCACGAAACAAUGGGCUGCAACUAUCGGCUGUUCUUCGCUCGAGGCCAUGCAAUUAACGAAGGAUAGUGAAGACACUGUUAAUGCUAUGGCGUUGCUCUCCGUUGCCAGGCAAAGCAGUCCGGACAACAAAAUUGAAGAGCCAAUGGAGCAGGACAAAUGA